AUAAAUAGUACCAUUGAAUGUGGUCAGCAAUUCCUUGUUAUGUCUCAGUUGGUUCAGUUGUACUAUGUAUUCUUUAUUCAAUAAAUUAUUGCACUUAGACAUAGAACAGCUGAACCAACUGAAACGUAACAAGGAAUUGCUGAUCACACACCCUGAUAAAGAUACUGAAAUAGUCCUAAUGGAUAGAAAAGAUUAUAUUCAUAAAGUGUUAGCAAUUCUUUCGAAAAACAACAAUUUAGCUGCACUUGACAAAGAAAAAUACAAAACAAAAAUGCAACUCACUGGGAUAAUAAGAAAGCUAAAAAGUGGUCAACUUAUCUCUGAAAAGGUCCACGACAGCAUUCCACCAACUGGUUCGAUAAUACCCUGAAUAUAUCGAUUACCAAAAACUCAGAAACAGGGACUUCCGUUGCUCCCUACUUUGUACAUGUUCGUAUUUCCAAACCAUCCAAUUACAAAAUGGUUUGGAGAACUGCUAUAGCC